AUGGUUUUCUCAACUCUAAAAUGGUUACAUUUAUCAAUCGUUAUAGUAUUUAAUUACUUUUCAGUUGUUAAUUCUUUACAAAUACAACAUCAUAAUCAAAUCUUAUUACAAGAAGAACCCCAGAAUGAAAAACUACUCAAUUUAAAUGUACUAGAAAAUUUCAAUAUAGAUUCAAUUAAUAAAGAAAUAUGUAAGCAAUAUGACUACAAAUACCCUAAAUCAUUCAUAAAAGAUAAUUCAACAGUUUUAAAUAUCUUAUACAAUCAAACAUUUAGAAAUCAAUCAGCUAAAAAAUUAUCAGGUGCAGUACAAAUUAAAACUGAUGUAUAUGAUGAUGAUCCAACAGUUGAAGAAGAUCCAAAAUAUUGGGAUAAUAAAUUUACACCUUUUUAUAAUUAUUUAAAUAAAACAUUUCCUAUAAUUUUCAAUAACCUAGAUGUUAAAUUAAUUCAUAAACAUGGAAUUGUUAUAACUUGGAAAGGUAGUGAAUCAAAAUUAAAACCAAUUUUAUUAAUGGCUCAUCAAGAUGUUGUACCUAUUCAACCAGCAACUUUAAAUCAAUGGAAAUAUCCACCAUACAAAGGAGUUUAUGAUGGUGAAAAAUUAUGGGGUCGUGGAUCAUCAGAUUGUAAAAAUUUAUUAAUUGGAUUAUUAGAAACAAUUGAAGAAUUAUAUAAAUUUGAAUUUAAACCAAAAAGAACGAUUAUUUUAGGUUUUGGAUUUGAUGAAGAAGUUGGUGGACCAAGAGGUGCUUCUUAUAUUGCUAAUUAUCUUUUAAAAAAAUUUGGUUCAAAUUCAUUUUAUGCAAUUUUUGAUGAAGGUGGACAAAGUAUUGCUGAAGUUGAUGGUGUUACUUUGGCAUUACCUGGAACAAGUGAAAAGGGAUCUGUUGAUAUUAAAGUUGGAUUAAAUACUCCUGGUGGGCAUUCUUCAGUUCCACCAAAACAUACAUCUAUUGGAAUAAUAUCUAAAUUUAUUCUGUUAAUUGAAGAAAAUUCAUUUGAACCUAUUUUUUCACCUUUAAAUCCAACUUAUCAUGAAUAUCAAUGUGUUGCUAAAUAUUCUAAAAUUUUACCCAAAGAAAUAAAAUGGAGUAUAUUAAAUGCACAAUUCCCCAAUACUAAUAAAGUUGCAAGAGAUUGGAUUUUUAAUAAUGAAUCAUUAACUUCAAGAUAUUUAAUUUCUUCAACUCAAGCUGUUGAUAUUAUAAGAGGAGGUGUUAAAUCAAAUGCAUUACCUGAAUAUGUUGAAACUAUUAUAAAUCACAGAAUAGCUAUUGAACAAUCAGUUGAAGAAAUAUAUAAUCAUGACUUGGUAUUUUUAAAACAAAUAUCAGAUGAAUUAAAUUUAGGUUUAAUAUCAAAUAAUAAAACCAUAUUAAAACCAACAGAAAAUGGAUACUUUGAAAUUCAACAAUUAGAUGGAUUAGAACCAGCACCAAAUACACCAACAACUGGUAAAAAAUGGGAAUUAUUAUCAGGUAAUAUAAGACACGUAUAUGAACAACUUUCCCAUUUAGGUCAUACAAUUGUUGCACCAGGAAUUGCAACUGGUAAUACAGAUACUAAAUAUUUUUGGGAUUUAACUCGUGAUAUAUUUAGAUAUAGACCUGGUGCAUCUACGUCUGUAGAAAAUCAUGCUCAUGGUGUUAAUGAAUCAAUAUUAUUUGAUUCUCAUUUACAAAUUAUUGCUUUUUAUUUUGAAUAUUUACAAUUGAUUAAUGAACAAGAUUAUACUGAUUAA